GUACACAACUUGGGCGCCACGAUGCAGUCUCUUCAUCUCUAUCACACCCACCGUCUGACACACCCCAUCUCUUUCGCGCCGUCCUCCAUUACAUUCCUGUUUCUGGUCAUAGCAUCGCGAUGCGGGCGUAAUCGGUGGAAUUUUCCGGUGGAAAAGUUACUAAAAAAGGUGCCUUCCAAGUGCUUUAGUGCGUGAGUGACGUGAUUGAAGUGUACGCGUGAAUUGUGCCUCCCUCUUGCAGCGACGACGCCUACCUGUUUACCUUUUUUUGUGCGGUCAAAACAAAUGAUGUCCUUAAGAAAAUAGAAAGGAAAUUAUUUUCAAAGAAUUUGAAAUGCAGGGUCCUCAAGUACAAACAUCUUCCAACUAAGUUACAUCUAUACACUUUCUUCAUUCUACCUCUUUGGAUUUGCCUGUACUGCAACUCAACACACCUCAUCCUGAUUUAUGAAGCAGACCAGCAUCAAUCAGAUUUCCUGGCAACUGGUGAUCUAUUAUUCAUAAUACCCACCCCCUACCCUUUCCCAUACAAUUUUCAGGUUUAGGUUUCUAGGGAGCAGAGCUCUUUUUUUCCGUUGUUACACCACCUCUGUGAGCAGACGAAUCCUCAGGUGCUAAGGGAGAAGAAAUUGUGUGUGUCCCUUAAAAGAGAGGUGUUUUCAAGAAAGUAAACUAAGAAUUUUGUGAAGAUGCCAUCUGAAACACCACCUCCGAAAAUCCCAUCACCAAGUGCAAGUGUGUCGGUGUUGGAGCAGCAACAGCGCCCCAAAACCCCAUCAUCAGUGCCACCAGUGUCAUCCACACCAUCCUCAUCUUCCCAAUUGUCCCACCUCAAUCCAAAUUGUCAGCAGGGUCAGCAAUCGGGUGGUACCACAGCCACCCUGGCAAACCAAGAGCAACAAUCAUUCUCGAGUCUACCUACCACAUCACAGAAUCACUCUGAGCCACAGCAGUUUUGUCUCAAGUGGAAUAGCUAUCAAUCGAAUUUGACGAGUGAAUUUGACCAAUUGCUACAAAAUGAAUCCUUUGUCGAUGUCACACUCGCCUGCGAUGGGCACUCAAUUAAGGCCCACAAAAUGGUACUGUCCGCAUGCAGUCCCUACUUUCAGGCACUUUUCUUCGAUAAUCCAUGCCAGCAUCCCAUAAUAAUUAUGAAAGAGGUGAAAUGGCCUGAGCUCAAGGCUGUUGUCGAGUACAUGUACAAAGGGGAGAUAAAUGUGAGUCAGGAUCAGAUAGCACCCCUCCUACGGGUGGCUCAGAUGCUAAAAAUUCGUGGUUUGGCAGAUGUGAAUGGGGACCAGGAUGUCCAGGCUAGUUCCAAUACACCUGGCUCCGCAAAUGGUGGCCACCAAUCUGCAUCCGGGGCAGGUGGUGGUGGUACUGCCACCAAAUCCGACACAACAAACAUCAAAAAGCCACGUCUUGCGAGAGAUUUUGACGUACAUGAGCGAAGUAGCAAUGGUGCCGGCGGUGCAUCACUCACAUCAAGUGGUGGCCAGAAUCGCGAUGGUGGUGAUAAUCUUGCUGGCACCUCGAGGAGUGGGAGGAAGAGACGCUGGCUAACUGGUGAGAAUCAGACAGGCGCCGGAAGUCCCGUAGACACCUCCACACCUGACAAUUUGGAACCACCAUCCCCCAUACCCAUACAAAAUCACCCAAGUUCAAGCAUCACACACCCACCAACAUCCACCCCAACGCCAUCCAUGCCAUUCCCCGUUCCACCCCACCUCGACACCAUGGGGUUGUCGUCUUUGGCGCUCAACAAUCCAGACGACAUGGAAAUCAAGCCGGGAAUAGCCGAAAUGAUACGCGAGGAAGAAAGGGCGAAGCUCUUGGAAAACUCGCAUGCCUGGCUAGGUGCUUCAACCUCAUCAAUUGCUGAUAGCUACCAGUACCAGCUACAAUCAAUGUGGCAGAAGUGCUGGAAUACCAACCAGAACAUCAUCCACCAUUUGAGAUUCCGCGAAAGGGGACCCCUCAAAUCAUGGCGUCCCGAAACAAUGGCCGAGGCGAUCUUCAGCGUCCUCAAGGAGGGAUUGUCCCUCUCACAGGCCGCCCGGAAGUACGAUAUCCCCUACCCAACGUUCGUCCUUUACGCAAAUCGCGUGCACAACAUGCUGGGACCGUCCAUCGAUGGUGGAACUGAUUUACGUCCGAAAGGCAGGGGCCGUCCGCAGCGCAUUCUCCUCGGCAUCUGGCCAGAUGAUCACAUUCGCGGUGUCAUCAAGACUGUGGUCUUUCGUGAUGCAAAAGAACUCAAAGAUGAUUCAAUACCAAUGGGGUAUGGACGACAUACGCCAGUUUUACCCUUCCAGGAGGGUGCCCUCAACUACUCAGGCUCACCCUGCACCAAUGGCUUAGGACCCCAAGCACCACCCGGUGCUGGUCCGGAAUCCAUGUCACCCGAUGCUGCUGCUGCAGCUGCAGUAGCCGCCGUGGCGCAUGGUAUACGUCAGCAAAUUCAAAUGGCUGCAGCGGCACAGCAUCAUCCCGAUGCAGCCAAUCUCGUAGCAGCUGGUGGCUUCAACCUGCCCGCACAUCUCAACAUCCAUCCCAAUAAUGGUGGCUCCGCCAGCAGCAUCCCCAUGCCCAAGCUCGGCUCCCCAGCUACACCUGGGCAGAUGAAUAGUGGCAACGGUAGCAGUGCUAUCCCAAUGCCACGUCAUGGUUCACCGGCACUCGGUGGGGGCUCCGGGCAUGCCCUAGCGGGUCUCUCGGGUCUCCACGGGCUCCCAGGAUUGCCCAGUGUCUCCGUGUCAACCACACGGGAUACGGUGACAAGUACAGGUCCAGCUUCAAGUGGUACCAGCUCCCAGGGGCACAUGUCAUCACCCCUUGGUGGUGGUGGGCUCAACAUAACACGCCUGGCAUCACCGGGGUCAGCGCAUGAUCUUCGUAUGGCCAGUCCGGAUGAUAAUUCCCUCAAUUCCUCCCUUGAGAUGGCCCUGGAGCCAGCCGUGAAUCUGGCCGUUGGUGUCAGUGGGAUGGCAUACAAAUCACGCGGGUACACCUCACCGCGUCCCGAGAACCUCUUCCAGGAAGACAUUUCGGAAAUUGUAGGUGCCCCACGCUCCUGCCCGUCACGCCUUAGUGGCUUCAAGGAGUCCAGUGGUGGGAUUAAGUUGGAACCCGUGGCUGAGUGUCGGAGUGAGUGAAAUCCGGCAUUGUCCGAUGAUGGACUUGCAGGAUUUGAUCCCACUGGGCUAUUUCCAUUCUAAACUUUAACAAAAUGAGAAAUUCAAUGAAAACCAAUCCCUAUGUGUUGUACAUUUCGCUAUAAAACAAACUUUCCAAAAGGGAGGAAAUUCUUUUCUGAAGAAAAGAGUUGAGAUUUUACGAGUAUACUCUGUUCAAAUUAACAUUGCACUGAGGCAGUUUUAUUUUACAAAUUUCUUUUGAGAUUUGAUCUUAAAAAAGUUUCUUGCAAUUUAUUAUUUUUUUCCUGUAGAAAUGUCUUAAUUCUGAAGCCUAUCUUGAUUUUUUAAUUUCUUAAAACUAUUUUUGAAAUUUUCUGAGUUAGAAAAACUCAAGAUUUUUAGUUCUUGACUUUAGAAUACGAGCUAAAGCUUGAAAUCUUGAUCAGAAAAAAUCAAGAUUUGAUAUUCUGAAGCCUUGAAAAUUUUCUUGGUUUAUAUGACAUUUCAGAUAAUUUGCUUUCUUGAUUUCUACCGGAAGAAUAUGCUCACAGUUGACCGUUAAAAAUGCAGCAAUAAGAAAAAAAAUUAUUGAUAAGAGUCAUUUUUUCUUAAAAAUCAAACAAAGAUUUUUAUUAGGGCAUGAUUUUAACCGCGAAUAACUUAUGAUUGGAUUGAGAUAUCUGAAAACUUCUGCCGCCAAAAGAUGCGUAAACUCAAAAAGUUUUAUUUGCUUUUUAUUUCAAGUCGAUAUCUUAAAAAUUGGAGCUGCUAAAGCAAAAAACGUGAAAAGAAGCGUUUUAUCGAUGAAAAAUAUACUGCUUUUCAUGUCAAAUUAACGCUGAAUUGCCCAUGAUGACAAUAUCUGCUUUAACUCAAAAAUAUUCUUAAAAUGUUUGAAUAUUUGGUCGCAUAAAGUCAGGAAAGGCUUCUUUAAUUCAAAUUUAGUCAAAUAUUCAAUUGUUUAAUGAUCUUUGGAUCUUUUUGAUGGAUUUUGAGAAAAUCAACAGACAUGAAAUCCAGAAUAUUUCAUCGUUUUCCAUACAAAUGGUAACUUUUACAUUUUUUGCUCUAGCAGCUCCAAUUUUUAAGAUAUCGAAUUGAAAUAAAAAUCAAAUAAAACUUUUUGAGUUUACGCACCUUUUGGUGGCAGAAGUUUUCAGAUAUCUCAAUCCAAUCAAAAGUUAUUCGCGGUUAAAAUCAUGCCCUAAUUUCCUGGCCACCCUGUAUUUAUUCGAAGCAUUUCGUUGAGAAUUGUUUGAAAAAAAUCCUUAGAGAAAUCAAAAAGAUUCAAGAGAAGUUUUCUAUGGCUUGAAACUAGAACACAAAUCGAGGAAAAAUUGAAGAAAAUUGAGGUUAUGAAUUUCUAUUGGGUUGUCCAAUAUUUACAGGGAUUUCUAACAUAAGAUAUUCACAUAAAUUCAGUACAAUUUUCAUUUUCUGUUUCAUUCAUCCCCAUUAAAUGUAAUGGUAAAAAGAUUAGGUUAGAAAUCCGGAUAAAUAUUGGACAAACCAAUAGAAAUAAAAGCCCUAGAAUAAGAAGUCUUUUGUUUCCUUAUCUAAGCCGAAUUUCAAGGUUUUCUUGGUCGCAGAAUAGGUAGGUUCCAAUAGUUUGUGUCUUGAAAAAAUCUUGAUUUUUUUAUAAAUUCAAAAUACUGAAAUCUUGGCUGCAGAAUACAGACCAAUAAAAUAAAAUAUAAGAAUAAUUUUAAAAUUCUCAUCUCAAAAAUUUUCUCUUAAUCUUCACAUUUUACGUUAAAGCAACACAAAUAAAAAUCGAAUCUUUAAUCCAGAUCAAAAUCUCAACUCUUCUUCACAAAAAAUUAAUCCUCUUGGAAAAAAUCAAGCUUCUUGAAUGCUUUUCUGUCGUCUGUUUAGAGCUUUUCCGAGAUUUUUCGAAGCUUUGACGAAACAAGUAAAAAAAAACUAUUCUGUCUGUGCAAUAGAAUCGAAUUCACAGAGAUCCCUUUUUCUUCUUCUAUAUGAAACCCUAAAUUAACAUUUCAGACAACAAUUUUAGGUGUAUAGUUAGACACUCAAAGCACAACAAGUCUGUGCAAUUCAAUGAAUUUUUUCUUGUUUUUGAAAUGAAAAUGUGGAAAUUUUGAGCCAUCACCACACUUGGACAAUGUCAAGAAAAAAAAAGAAUUUACCUUCCUCUGAAUAGAUUUUUCCACAGGGAUGAUGGUAGAGUAAAAAACAAUGAUGAAUUAUGUGCAAUAGAGAUUUUCUUUAAAAAAAAUAAAAACAACAGAAUGGUGAAGAAAAAAUAAAAAAAAAUCCAAAGUGAUGCGCGUUGAAAUUGCGUCUCAAGCAUCCCAAUAUAGAGGAGCUGCGGCUUCUUUGACAACAUUCCUUUUCAAUCGAAUUCUUUUAUCAACUUUUCAGUUUAAUUAAUCAGUUUUGCAUUUUUUUUUCUUAAAUAUUUAAAAUAGCAUUUUUAUAAAAGUAAAUAGAAAAAGAAAACCAAUAGAAGCAAAAACCAAUCAAUGUACAAAGAUGAGGAAAAAAAAUGCCGAAACUGAAAUGUUUGAAGUAAAAAAAAAAUGUUUGGAAAUAGAAAAAAAAAGAAAUUCAAAUAUAUGCCUUCUAAUUGUGACACAAUCUCACUUUAUGGAGUAUUUUGUAAGGAAGACGACUUAAAACAAGAAAAAUUAAAUACUUAUUAACCGGCAAUCGUGGAGAAUAAGCUAAAGAAAAAAUGAAGGAGAAAAUUCAUUUAGGACAAAUAAAAAAAACCUUUUGGAAUAAACUAAAAAAAAAUAACUUUAACGUUGAGGAUGACAAAAAUUAGAUGAUUACCGUAAGAGGCCACUUUUUGGGACUGAAAAAAAACUUUUUGGCAACAAAAUAACAUAUGAAAUAUGUAUAAAUUUUAGGCAAACCGCAUUAGGAAUGACUUUUCCGGGGAUUUAAAAAAACAAACUCUCAUGAGCAUUAAAUAUUUUAGAGUGAGUUAGGACAUGAAAAAUAAAAGCUUUCAAAAUUAAAUUUUUAUCCCACUUUGUUAUGAAAAUUUCUUCAAAAUAUUAAAAAAAGGAAACUUUCUUCCGCUUUUCUUUAACCAUCAAUUAGGAAAACCAAUUGCAAGCGCCAAAAUGUUGAGAUAUUAUUGAGGAAAUGAUGAAGAAUUAAAAGAAAAUGAAGAAAAGAUAUUUAAAAAAAAAUUCUAAAGUGAAAAAAAAAAUAAAUUUAUAAGUCCGGAAAAAAUAUUUUAUUAUUAAAAACUAGAUAAAAAUUAUUGUAAAUAUGUGACUUUUUAGGAGAGAUUUUUCAAAAAAAAAUGAAGAUAAUUAUAUAUCUCAGUUUUCACUUGUUGACGGUUAAAGCUUUAGCGGGGAGAAGUUUAAUUUAUUUUAAAUGUUUUUUAUAUAAAAAUAAAAUUUUGGAUAUUAAAAAAAUCUUGGCCAAUGUGUUCAAAAAAAAUUGUCAAGUAGAAAAGUGCCUUCCAGAUCUUUCCGACAAAAUUAAACAUAUACAUAUAUUAUGUAAAUUAUUCUUUGUCGCUAUUUAUGUGAUAAAAAGUUUAAAUUAUUCCUCAUUUUUUGUUAUCUUCUGAUCCCUCAUUCAGAGCUUUUUGUGUGCCCUUUACUUUGAUUACUUGAUAAAGAUAUUUUAGGACAAUUUUACAAGAACCUUUAUUGUUCUUCCUGAGACGUCUAGGCUUUGGUGAGAAGUUCUAAAGCUCCUAAAAAGCUCUUUUGCGUGCCUUUUUUCGAAAAUUUGAGGCAUGAAAAGUUCUUUUAACUUUCAAGACUUUCUCUUUAUUUUAUUCUAAAUUGAAAACAUUUGAAAAAAUAAUUUAAUAGAAAAAAAAAAGUUUUAAGAAAGUUUUAAAAAUCGUUUUAAUUAUUUAACAAGUCACAAAAGCUCUGAAAGUGGAUUAGAAAGCAAAUCUCAUGAGAUUCCUUUCCAAUUGUUUAAAAAUUUAACAAAAAAAUCAAGGAAAAGAAGAAAAUACCCCGAAAAAGUCAUCAAAAUUUUGUACAUUAAUUAAAUAUUUUUAGGAAAAUUAUUAAAUGCAAAAUUUAUCAAAAAAAAACACAUGAAAUCUACACAAAAUUAAAGAAAUAAAAAUUAUUGUAAAGUUUAAGGGAUUGUGUCGAUGACCAGGGAGUUUAAAAAAAAAAGAAACCUUUAAAAAGAAAAUUUCGUAAAGAACUAAAAAGAAGAAAAUUUAUUAUAUAAAUUUAUUAAUAUUUAGAACAAAAAAAGGAAGGUUUAACAAAAAAAAAUGGUUGGUAUUUGUUAGUAUUUCUGUUGAUAAAUUUGAUUUUUCUUUUAAAAAAAAAAGUAUUUCCUUUUUGUGAAAAAGGACACAAAAUGUGUAUGAAAAAAAGAUUAAGCGACGUGUGUGACGCAAUUAUUUUCAUAUCUUUAUACUAUUGAUGAGAGAUAAGAAACGUGGAUAAACUUCACAAAAUGAAAGAGAUUUUAAUUCAUCUGUAUGGUGAGAGUUUUGUGGAUUUAUGAGAGCUAUCAGAGAUUCUUUUUUUGUUGGAAAAUCUUCUUUAUUUUUUAAUUUUUAUUUAUAUUUAUUAAUGUGAAAGAAAAAUUAGAAAUCUUUUAAGAAGAAUUUUCUUUUCUUUUUUUUUUUCAAAACUAAAUAUUUACCUACAGAGAUAAUUUUUUUUUAAUUUCUUUUACUAAAUCUUUUCCAUUUAUCCCCGCUAUGAGCAUCAUAAUAAAAAAAAAUUCUCCGUUCGUCAGCAAUGACUCCAAUGCAGCACAUAAAAGACGAUAAAAUAGAUUGAAGAAAAAAAAAACAUAGCAGAAAAAUAAUAAAGAGACAUAAUAAAUUCUUACUCUAAUACCAAUAAAAAAGAAAGAAAAAAAAUGAAGUAUGACUUAUUUGAAUUAUUAAUCAUAUAUUUAGAUGAAAAAAACAAGAGAUGAGAUAUAAAAUAAAAAAAUUGAUGUUAGUAAAUGAAAAAAACCACAAGAAUACUAAAGAACAAGCGCAUUUAACGUGAAUGGUAAUAAAAAUUCCUUCCCCAACUUCCCCCCAAGAAAAUCCAAAAACUCUCUGUAUUUGAAUAAAAAUGACAUAAUACAAAAUGAAAUAGUGAAAAAACAAUAUUACGUCUUAUUAAACUUAACAAUUAACAUGAUGAAAUUCAAUUUUCUUCAGCAGCAAAAUGAGUAAAUAAAUGUAAAACACAGCAUUUUCCAAAAAAAA